AAGAUCAAAAUCAAAACAAAGGAAGCGAUUAGUUUGUCACCAAUCAUCAUUACAAGUUCCAGCAAAAUCUGCGAAAGUGCAUUGAAAGUCGUCCAAUUCCUCACCAAAAUCUCACCAUGGGUAAGGUAUUCCUUGAGCACAUCGGGGGCCAGAAGCUGUACUCCUGCUCGGCCUGCGAAACCAAUCUGACCAACAAACGGGAACUGAUCAGCACUCGAUUUACGGGGGCCACCGGAAGGGCCUUUCUCUUCAAGCGGGUCGUCAACCUGACCUAUUCUGCGGUGCAGGAUCGGGUCAUGCUAACCGGACGUCACAUUGUUCGGGACGUGAUGUGUAAAAAUUGCAAAGCCAAGCUCGGCUGGAUGUACGAAUUUGCGACGGAGGAGUCCCAAAAAUAUAAAGAGGGAAAAGUGAUUUUGGAACAUGCUUUGAUUAUCGAGUCUGAGGGCUUUCCAGAAGUGUGACCAGGCCCGGUCGAUCCUGCCGAAUUCUAAAGCUAAAUAAUAAUUAUUGAUGCAAUUUUAUCAUAGAUUAAGAAAUGUUCAGAAACAUAAUGUAGAUUUAGUACUGAAAGGAUACUUUGAACCCUAUUUAAAAUUAUUAAACUUUCGCAUGUAGAAUUAGAACUAGAUUGUGUAUUAAUAAUCAUCUCAUAAAAUGAUCACUAUAUCGAUGUUUAUUCCAUUCGCAAUGAUAAAAUAAAGGUAAUUCUAAAAACAAAACUGA